AUGGAAAUCGGCUCGUCGCGAAUGUCGGCGAAAGAGCUGACCACUCAAAGUUCCAUUUUCCGCUAUUUAGUGCUGCUAACCUGCUUCACGUCGUUGAUUGACGGACAGCUCAACGCGAAACUCAACAGUAACGGAGUUUAUGUGUCACGGGAUGAAAUUCAAAAUAAGAACGUUCUCGGUGUCACGGAAGGUUUCGGAGUACUCGUAGUGGCCACACAUUCCAAAUUCCAUAUCUUUGAGAAUGACGAAGAACGUCGAACAGUUGGUCAUGUCUCACUUGAUAUGCAACCUCGGACCAAAUUUUUGGAACUGAAGCUGUUUUCAAAAUCAGAGAUAUUUUAUUGUGAUGAGACGGAAUGCGGAUUAUGCACUUACUCAGGAAUUAAAUCAGAUUGCUCAAAACUACAACUACACGAGGAUGAACCCAAAAUCCAAGAAAUUUUGAGUGCGUCUGCAGUGAAACUGGAAAAUAUGGAACAACUCAUGCUGGCGAUUUCAUUCAAAAAUGUUGAGUCGAGUUAUCGAAUGAUGUUGCUGAAGUACAGUGGACAAGAUAAUGGACUUGUGUACCCCCAAGCAUACCACGCAGAUUCAAGUUUCGUUCGCAAUAAUCAUGUACUCAGCAGCUUUGAAAAAGAAGGAUUUGUGUAUUUUGUGACAACUUCUACGCAACUUUUUGAACCUGACAUUUUCCUCCAUGACCAAUCAAACAACCAAAUCACUGUCACCAAAAUCGUCAGGCUGUGCUCGGCUGAUCAAACUCCUGAUUUGGCUUCCAAAUUGACAAUUCUAGUUGGAUGCGACCAAGAAAUGAGAAACAUCAGUUCGCGUGGGGAAACAGCCAUCUACGAUAGUGCCAACGGACAAGUUAAUGUGAUUAUGUUAAACUUGACUUCAGCGAACCACGUGAUGUGUCGUUUCAAAAUGUCCAAUCUUGAGAAACGCUUCAGUAACGUCUGGAACACCUGUCAAGAAACCACAUUUUCCGAGAAUGUUGGCAAAAUUAAUAAAUGCAAGUACCCGUCGAUGUUUGACGUGAUGAAGAAAAAGAAGGGCUGUUUGAUUUACAGUCGCCUCGAUGAUGAAUCAUCACCAACACUAUGCGCUAGAUAUGGGCGUGAUCAAGCAUUAGAUAAUUGCCAGCUACAUACAGCGAAAAGUGAUAGUUAUCGAUAUGGAUGGUUGGAAGAUUACAAUGUUCUUCAGGGUGAACUCAUGAUGAAAAUCCCGUAUACAGAAUUGCAAAACUUUGAAGGUUUGAUGAUUGAUGGUAAAGCAUAUUUUGCAGCUGUCUCAAAAGAAUCAGGAAUUGCGGAUGUUGUUCGGUUCUCCCCGUCUGAAAAUGCCGAAUUCAAACCAAACUGGCGGACAAAUAUCACAAACUCUGGAAAAUUCUCGAUUUCAAGAAUUCAGGAUAACCGAUUACUGUACACUACUAUCGAGGGGUUGCAAAGUGUUGUCAUUUCCUGCAAGGAACUGUAUCCCGUAUGUAAUUCAUUGAAACUUGGAGGAUGGCAAGAUCCAUUAGACUGUUCUUGGUGUGCUGAUGACAAUAAUGCUCGUACAAUAUCUGCAUCUGAAGUUCCCGUCUGUAAGAAGAAUUUAAAGUACGAGUGUCCACCACACUUGCGAUGGAUCCACAAAUACAACAAUAAUUCCGGAUUCACCGCUGUUGUCGAGGGAUUCCGCGCACUAAAAAACCCAAAACUGAAUGCUUGCGGGACAAACUGUAUUGUGACAGUUGUUGACCCUAAUAGUAUUCAAUGCGAUACUACCCCGGGAGACUCCAUUGAUGAUUCAUGUCAACAAGUGUUUUUGAGCGGAAUGAUUGGAGAGAAGAACUAUUCGUUCCCAUUUGAUUAUCAACAUGCUGAUAGAGGAACUCAGACUGAUCCGAAGAACAGUCAAGCUGAGGGUCAGAAAGGAAGUAGUCCUGGAUGGAAAGUUGCGAUUGCGAUCAUUUCUGUUUUGGCCAUCAUACUUAUUGUGGCAUUUAUUGUCUAUUAUAUGAGAAACCGUUUCCCAAGAAUCAAAACCCAUGUCAGACCACCGUUUGGCGAAAGAGUCGAGAAUGAAUAUGGAAUGGGACACAUGCCGGGAAGCCUUACACAAGUCGUGACGAAUGGGGAUAGCUAUGUCAAAGUGUUCAGAAGUUUUCCACAAGAUCUGAAAGUUGAUUUCAAACAACUUCGUGUGGACAAACUCAAUCCGAUUGGUCAAGGACAUUAUGGUGUUGUAUACAAAGCAGUUUAUGCUCCAUCCAAAAGUCUCGAAGAGAAAGUUGUUUGUAAACAUCUAAAAGACGGAAAGAUUUCAGAAUUCUAUGACGAAGCAAAAACCAUGUCGGAAUUCUGUCAUCCAAACAUUUUGAGACUGAUUGGUAUUGCGUUGGAUGACAGUUCUCGUCUCCCAAUCAUAGUGACCGAAUGGAUGGCUAAUGGAGACUUGAAGAAAUAUAUCACAAAUGAAAACAAUACAAUCAAAAUGAGAGAUUUGUUUGAGUUUGCGUUUGAUAUUGCAAAAGGAAUGAACUAUCUUCACGGCAAAAAAUAUAUUCAUCGAGAUCUGGCUUGCAGAAAUUGCUUACUUGACGAUCGUCAACAUGUCAAAAUCGCUGAUUUUGGUCUUUGUCGGAAAGUGGAUAUUGAAACGGAAAUAUACGUCCAAGCACACGAAAGAGAAUUACCAGUUCGUUGGUUCCCGCCGGAGAUUAUGGAAAGAGGGUUUGGUAUCCCAUCAGAUAUUUGGUCGUUUGGAGUUGUAAUCUGGGAAUUGUUCACACGUGGAGCAACUCCAUAUAACAAAAUGACAAGUUGGGAUUUGAUUCGACCGUGGCUGCAGGAGAGUGAAACGAACAGAUUGGCGAAACCACCAUACUGUCCGGAUAAACUAUAUACCGAUAUUAUGAUGGCAUGCUGGAGAGCAAAUCCAGUGGAGAGACCCCAAUUCAGCGAACUUGUCACUCUAAUUCCGAAUGUGGUAAAGUACAUGGAAGGAUACGAUCGCUCACAGUUACAUGCUGGUUAUGAGCGAGUUUCUGAGCUUAUCACAUCACGACCCAGCAUUUCCAAUAUAUCAGAAUGA